AGUAAUACUACUACAUUAGCAAUGACAGUCAUAAACUAUAAAAAGCCUCUUGUUGUUGCCCGUAACCCAUCAACCAUGCCUGAGAAUGAUAUUUUGGAGGUGAUUUGUUCAACUCACGUGUAUAGUGACACAAAGUUUGAUGCUGAAUCUCUGUUCAAGAUUGCUAGGAACAUCCUUACGUGUUCAACCAAUGUGGUUGAUAACGUUGUGCAUGGAAAUCAAGCAAGUGAGGAGCAAUUUUUUGAUAACAACAUUAUGACCCCUGCUAGCUUCAAAUCACCCUUGUGUAUUUUGAAGAAAAUUAAUUCGGAGAUGGCAUGCAAGGGUCCAGGUGCAGAAAUAGCAUACGAAACAACACUAGCAAUCUUAAGCAAGUUGUCAAACUAUUCAUGGAUUUCAAAAGCAGUGCUUACUCUUUCUGCUUUUUCUAUUGAAUAUGGAGAGUUCUGGCUAUCACAAUAUCUUCCAGCACAACCACUUGCAAAGUCAUUAGGCAUAAUCAAGCUAGUGCCUCAACUCACAAAACCUGAAUCCCUCAAAAAACACAUCACUGCAAUUUCGGAACUCAACAAUCUGGUCAAGAAAACUUUGAAAUUGGUUGAUAUCAUGCUUGAGUUGAAAAGACUCAACUCAUGUCAUGACAUCAGGGAAGUGCCAGCUCUUGCACCGGCUUUGGAACAAAUCCCAGUUGGUGUCUUUUGGGUUAUCAACACCGUUGUUGCAAUUGUUACACAGAUUGAAUGUCUCACUACUGAUUCGGAAAAGAGGUCGGACUUAUCUCAUUCUGGUCAAGCGAUUAACAUAAUAAUCAACAAUUUGGAGAAGCACCUGUUCCAUUGCGAUAUACAGAUUCGUGAAGCUGAGUAUAACAAGUUACUCAACAGACUCUUUCAAAUCCCAACGGAAAUUACCGAAGUACUUAAGGUGUUGUUUUUCUGGAAAUUCAUUCCAAAAGGACCCAUCAUCUAUGAUGGUUCCGAAGAAAAGCUGGUUGAAAUUGACGUGUUGAAGAAGAAGGAUGUCCUUUUGUUGAUUACAACCCUGGAAAUCAACCAAGAAGACAUCUCAAUGUUGAUUCUGAUUCAUGAAUAUAUAAAGAAAAAAGGAAACCAACACGUGAUUCUGUGGGUUCCCAUUGUGGAGAAAUGGGAUGAUAAGCUGAUUGAAAAAUUUGAUUAUUGGAAGUCCAAGAUGCCUUGGUAUGUGUUGCAUCACUUUCAACCUAUAACAGGCAUCAAAUACAUAAGGAAGGAAUUGCAUUUCAAGCAGAAGCCUAUGGUUGUUGUGUUGAGCCCACAAGGAAAGAUUCUACAUCAAAAUGCUUAUCAUAUGAUUCAAGUUUGGGGGAUAAGAGGCUUCCCUUUCUCUAAAUGCAAACAAGAUACAAUGAAGCCAACAUCAGUGUGGGACUUUGUUGAUACUCUGGUGGUUGACAUUACAAUAGAUAUUAAAUGGGAGGAGGAAAAGUCUGUCAUCAUUUAUGGAGGUAAAAAUACUAAAUGGACUGAAAAAAUUAGUGAGUAUGAAACCACUAUUAAGGAAACAAAUACUUCAAUUGAGGUUUUUUCCUUGGAGAGCCAAGAGAAAACUAUGGUUACCAAAUUUUGGAAAAAGGUAGAGAGUUUGGUUGUCAUCAAAAUGCACGAGGAAACAAGUGAUGUAAAACUACAGGUUGAGAAGUUGCUUUCUUACAAGAAUGAGACUGGGUGGGCAGUUGUAAUCAAAGGCAAUAAUGUGAGUGUUGUUGGUCAUGAGACUACAAUUUCCAAAACAAUUGAUGAAAUUAAAACAUGGAGGGAUUCAGUGGUGAAUGAUGGCUUUAAUACCGCAUUUACAAAUCACCAUCAAAAGGUUGUUGCUAAUACAAAGGAGCAUAUUUGCUCUAACAUUGAGAUUUAUAAUUUUGGCCCAAAAAACCCAGACAUUAUUAGGUGUCCACAUUGUAACAAGAUAAUGGAAAUGGUUAUUACCUACAAGUGUUCCCGUGAUAAGAAUGCCCCCAUCGCUAAGAAUAUCCCCAUCGCCGAGGUUUAGCAAGCUUCAUGGGUCUUUAGCAUUG